AUGAGUUCAAAUACUCCCAACGAUCCUGAAAAGGAGUCAGAUGGUUCCAACGGGCGCAGACCCAACCCCAAUCAGAACUCCAAUGUACUCAGAACGGAGGACAUGGGCAUACAUCCAGUCGUGGGCGGAGGAGAUGACGGCCUCCUUUUUGACAACUUAUCGGACCCAACGGCCUUGCUUAUUUUCAUCAACGGGCAAGGCAUCAAAAUUCCUCGCAAUGGCGAUCCUCCUACAGAAGACCCCCGCAACGCCGACUAUGUUGACCUGGAGAAUGUUCAGAGAGCAGUGGACAACAUGGAGGCAUCGCUUAAUAAUGUCUCUAAUCGUCAGAACCCCCAAUCUUCCGCGCCCGUCAUCUCUCCUCAGCGAGCCGUCAAGAGAGAGCGUCAAGAUUCGGAUAAGGCUCAGCCUGAAGCUCGAGCUUCAAAGAAAUGUCGACAGGGCCCAGAGGCUCAACAAGGAGUCCAAGCUCCAGACGACGAGGCACUGCGGGCUAGGCACACCGGGAUUCAGAGGCCAGAUUGUCAGUAUCCGAAUCCAAUGCCUCAUGUCAACCGGUCUGUCCAGCAAGGAACUGGCCCCAGAGAGUGUAGGGCUAUCGUGCCAAACGUGCGUCGCCGCAUAGAAUGGGGUGUAGCAAACUCUGGACCUGGUGGUUUCGACCCGCAGGCCAUUCCUGUGAACAACCUGCCGCCCUGGGUGAACAACCUGCCGCCUGAGAUGAACAACCUGAUGCCUCAACAUUUGCACCAGAUGGGUCCUCAGAUUCCUCCCCAGGUACCCAUUAUGAACGGAGGACAGAUGCACAACACAAAUAUCGCACGCGCGCCCCAUGAACCUCGACAGUGGCCACCUAUUCCCCAGAUGCCUGGUAUGCACCAAACAAACUAUGAAUAUAUACCUAAUACGAUUGGGGCACCUCAACAGCCGAUGAUGCCUAUGCCCCAGAUGGGACCUCAGUGGCAUCAUAUGAACGGAGGACAUAUGUACAACACAGAUAUGGUACAUAUACCUUAUCCCGCUGUGAUGCCUCAACAUAUGCACCAGAUGGGUCCUCAGAUUCCUCCCCAUGCACCUCCACAGUGGCCACCUAUUCCCCAGAUGCCUGGUAUGAAUGGGAAUAUGCACCAUACAAACUUGGUACAUAUACCUAAUUCUGUUGGGGCACCUCAACAGCCGAUGAUGCCUAUGCCCCAGAUGGGACCCCAGAUGGGACCCCAGAUGCCUGCCCAGGUACCUGGCAUGAACGGAGAGCAUAUGCUUCAGUCAAAUGGGAUGCCUGGACAGAUGCGACCUAGACAUGUGCGACCGGGACAUACGCAAUCUGGACAGAGACCAACUGGACAGAGACCAACUGGACAGGGACCAACUGGACAGAGACCAACUGGACAGGGACCAACUGGACUGGGACCAACUGGACAGGGACCAACUGGACAGAGACCACCUCGGCCAUAG